AUGUCCGGCCUUCCUCCUGUUUACAUUGUCUCCGUGGCGAGAACCCCCGUGGGUAGCUUCCUCGGGAGCCUUUCCAGCCUGACUGCCACGCAGUUGGGCUCCCACGCCAUCAAGUCCGCUGUUGAGCGCGUGCCUGAGAUCAAGCCUGAGGAUGUUGAGGAAGUGUUCUUCGGAAACGUUCUGUCCGCCAAUCUCGGCCAGGCCCCUGCUCGCCAGUGUGCCAUUGGUGCCGGUCUCUCGGAGGCCACCGUCUGCACCACGGUCAACAAGGUCUGCGCGUCGGGCUUGAAGGCCGUCAUCCUUGGUGCCCAAACCAUCAUCACCGGCAACGCUUCGAUCGUCGUUGCUGGCGGGACCGAGAGCAUGUCUAACACUCCCCACUACCUCCCGAACCUUCGCACAGGCACCAAGUACGGCGAUGCCUCCCUCGUUGACGGCGUGCAGAAGGACGGUCUCCGUGACGCCUACGGCAAGCAGGAGCUCAUGGGCAUGCAGGGUGAGCUCUGCAGCCAGGAGCAUGAGCUGACUCGCGAGCUCCAAGACGAGUACGCCAUCAACACAUACAAGCGGGCUCAAGCUGCCACUGAGGCGGGCGUGUUCACCGAGAUUGUCCCCAUUGAGGUCAGCGGCGGCCGGGGCAAGCCCCCGGUCAAGAUUGACCGUGAUGAGGAGGUCAAGAACCUGAACGCCGAGAAGCUCAAGACCGUCCGUCCGGUUUUCGUUCCCAAUGGCGGCACGGUCACGGCCGCCAACGCCGCCCCCAUCAACGACGGUGCGGCCGCCGUGGUGCUCGCCUCCGAGGCCAAGGUCAAGGAGCUCGGUCUCAAGCCUAUUGCCAAGAUUCUCGGCUGGGGUGAUGCCGCACGCGACCCUCCUCGCUUCACCAUUGCCCCCGCUCUAGCUAUCCCCAAGGCCAUCAAGCACGCCGGGCUGACGGAGAAGGAUGUCGACUACUAUGAGAUCAACGAGGCGUUCUCGGUUGUCGCCCUAGCCAACAUCAAGCUGCUCAACCUCGACGCCGAGAAGGUCAACGUCUUUGGUGGCUCCGUUGCCAUUGGCCAUCCCCUAGGCGCCUCCGGUGCCCGCAUCCUGACGACUUUGACAUCUGUUCUCCGCGAGAAGAAGGGCAAGAUCGGUGUGGCGGGUAUCUGCAAUGGUGGUGGUGGUGCUUCGGCCCUGGUGAUUGAGAACCUGCAGUGA